GUUUUGGUCCAUCUUUCUGCAAUGUAUUCAUACAUUUUACAACAAUAUCUUAAGUUGUGUCGUAAACAAUGAUUUUUCUAUAGCUACGCAGCCCUUUGCAGAUGAAACUCAAAUAUUGACCCUAGAGAAAAUGAUGGAACUGUUGGUGUCAAUGCUAUAAACUAUAAAAUAAAACCUCAAAAGGGUCUGGCUGGUUGCCAUAGCAACCAUUCUAAGUAAACCUGUAAAACUUAUUUUCUCUUUAUGAGUGCAAUCGCACACAAUUGAUCUUUCUUCACCAUAUUUAAACAAAACUCUUUGGCCCCUUUUAGGUUACCAUACCACCUUAAGCCUAGAAAAUAGGAAUGAAAGUGACUACAAAUAAAUCUAUCUAGAUUGGAGUGUGUUUCCUUGAUUCCCGUGAGGUUUAUGGCAAUUUAGGUGGUUUUUAGCUUCACUACUUUGUCCUCUAUGUCAGUGAAGCUCAAAGCCGCCUACAUUGUCAUAAAUCGGCCUAGAAACCUCACGGGAACUAAGGAAACAUGCACUUGAAGCGAGGUAGGUUUAAUUUUUAUUCAUAUUCCUUCGUAUUUUUAAGCUUAAGAAUAGAACCAUUUUCCCAUACAAAUUCUUAUAUUUUGAUUGUUGGGUAGCCUGGGUACCAUCUGUACUAAUGUAUGUAUAAAGGACGCUCAUUCGCGAGCUUGGGUCACCUGUGAUGCAAUCAGGAAUCAAAUGUUACGAUAGCUACUUAUGGAGUCCUUGAUUGUGAAUACUUGUUAUUUAUUCCCUAACAGUAAAUUACAGUAAUCUUCGUUACUACUGACUUGACUGACUCCUAGUGCGCAUGACCGUAACGCAAUACAGCGACACUACACUACUGGUUGCGUAUUUAUUGGUUGUUGUAUUUACCCUACAUAAAUACAACAGCAACGUGAAUACAAGAUCAGCGGACCCUUUUGUUUCCAAUUCUGCCAUCCACAGACUCUAAGUGAAACAAAAAAGUCAAAAUAUUUUAAACGAGCUGUCAGCCCUACGUACAAUCAAGGCAUUUACAUACCCAACACUGCACGUCAUAGGCUGCUAUCCGCACUCCAGACGAUGAAUCAACAGGCUCUCGAAAUAAGGAGAGAAACAUGGUGCAACCGCUUCGAUUCCAAGAAAUUUUUCAUUAUAUCCUGUUCAAUGGGUUUAAUUUUCUUCUCUCUCACUUUCAUGUACACAUUCACAAACCCACUACGGAGUGCACCAUUAACGCAACAUCCCAAGAGGGUGAAUGUCAUGUUAAUGUCUUGUCCAAGAUCGGGAUCUUCAUUUCUGGGCGAAAUUUUCAAUCACCACCCUGGUGUGUUCUACCUUUUUGAGCCAUUACAUCCUGUGCAAAAAAUGUUCUCUGGACAUUCCUUAUUCGAGUUUGAUUUCUCCUCUCCAUCUUAUCAAAAUAUAGUGUUCAAAGUUUUUGAGGAUAUUAACAACUGCAAGUUUGCUAGUGACUUGUUUACUCGUUACCUCAACCGGCAAAAUCUACGCCACAGCCUGGCACUAAACUCUAGAUUUUGCUUCAGAAACGGCACGUCUACAGUCUGCCAGAAACUAAAAACACGACAAUUUGAGGACGUCUGUAAAAAUAAUUACAUCAUGUUUGCUGCGAAAAUACUUACACCCAGAAUACUAAAUUCUCGUGGAGAAUGGAACAAGAACCUUUUCGAAAGUUGUUCUUCCAACGGCGCGAGUGAAUGUAAAAUAAUUCAUUUGGUCAGAGAUCCAAGAGCUGUUGUUGAUUCUUUGAAGUCUCUGGCGUUUUUUAGGAAAUCACAAGACCCAAGACGCGAAUUAUCAUGGUAUGUAGAAAAAGUUUGCCAUCAAAUGGAGUUUGAUGUCAAGAUCGGGAAGUUGAUGAAGGCAUUUUCACCUGAUGGGUACAAGUUAAUCCGGUUUGAAGACCUCGCUCGCAAUCCACUGCGGGUAGUGAAUGAACUUUACAAAUUUACAGGAAUCGAAAUGUUAGAUAUCAUCAAGAAAUGGCUGCACGAGACGACACGAAUUAGUCACGGAAAUGCCUACAGCACCAGUCGUAACUCACAGCAAGUUGUUUCUAAUUGGAGGAGAAAAAUGAGCCCUGCUUCUGUGCAGAUUGUUGAAAAGUAUUGUGCAAGAGUAAUGGGACAACUGGAUUAUAAAUUAACUGGCAUGUCGCCGAAAAAGCAACUGAAUUUCAAUAUUUCACUGAUCGAUUAAAGUGGUAUUUACCAUUCAUUCUUUUGUUCGUUUAUUUAUUGAUCUAUUUUGAAACACUUGCAAAUCGGGCGGCAUGUAAAGAGAUGGAUGUUAAAAUAAAGGUAAACAGAAAGGAAAAGCUAUUAUUCUGAUAUUAUCUUUAAGCCGUACACACCAUGCCCGACACUGUUUCCUUGCAAUCCUUGCCCCGUAGCACGUACCAGAAACUCUCACAGCCGUUUGGAAUUGCCAAAACUGUUUCCACAAAUGAAAAAAAAAAACAAAAAACAAACAAGGCCGCCAAAAUAAGAUGCGUGGUGACCAUAUCUACAAGAACGCACGUGCGUACGUCUCGAAAUCCAGAAAAAAUAGAUAGUCUUAAUUAGUAUCACCCAAGUAGUGGACUAAUGCAAAUCCUGCAUUUUGAUUGGCUAC